AUUAAUGGUGACUUGAUAGUGGCAGCAGUGAGGCUACUAAUGUGAACAGCAGCACCAACAGUAGUAGUAGUAGUAGUAGCAGCAGCAGCAGCAAUAGUGUGGUAGUAGAAGUAGUAGUGCUACUAAUCACCACUACUACUACUACUGCUACAAGCGGUAUUAGUAGUGGUAGGUAAUGAAAUUACCUGCUGAAGUAAUAAUAUUGGUGUACAAAGACACCCAACACACUAGUGGUUUACAGUGUAUCGUCACUUAGCAGCGUUAAUGUCAAACCAUCAAUGUCAACCAUCAUUUCACAUGUUUAAAACGGAGGAACGAUGGACUGUGGGGGGAUUGCUGUCUGAGUGCAAAGGGUUUAAACAGAUACCACAAGAAGUUGUAUCCCUCAAGAAAAGUUUUGAAUCUAGCAGCUCGUCAAACUGGACCCCCCUCUAUGGGGGAGCACGGUUAGACCAGGAUACCAUCCAGUACUUCCAUAAAUUCUACUGUAAAGAUUGCCGUAUGGAGAAACAAGCUGCUGAGCGUGCCAAAGCAUCGUCAGUAGUGGGGGGAGAGAAUGCACUUGGUGGGACAUCACCAACAGCAGGAUACACCAGUCAACAACCAUCAAGUCCACAAAAUUCUCUGGACGAACUCUCACUACAACAAGCCAUGGAUAAAAAUAAAGAAUGUGAUCUCUUGUCAAAUCAGUUUAAUGGGGCACUGUUGCACAAUGAAGAAAUGCCAGACUCACAAAUGACUUUACUCCAAACUGCCCCAGCAACUAGGUUUGAUGCCACAACAGCAUUGAAGCGCAAGUUGAUGCUUCGGCGAUCUGUUACUGAGCUGGUUGACCGAGGCAUUUAUCCACCUCUUAAAACACCCCCUGCAUAUGCAGAACAAAGAAAGCAGCUGGAACGGGCAAAGACUGGAGAUCUUUUACGACACAAAAUACAACAUCGUCCUGACCGAGAAUCUCUUGUAAAUCAACACAUUUUAGAAGAUACAAAUGUAGAUCCAUCACUUCAUGAUCGUCAACGACAGCUAAAAAGAGCCAAGCUAGCUGAUGGACUCAAUGAUAAGUUGUCUCAUCGUCCUGGCCCAUUGGAACUUGUACAGGGCAACAUCUUGCAAGCAAAUGAAGAACUAGCAGAAGCUAUCAAAGGUAUCAAACUGAGGGAUUUAAGCUCAAAGAAGUUUUUAGCAACUGAACAAGAGGGUUUGAUCAAGUUUCAGAAAACUAGUGAUGGUGAUGAAGCUGAAGGAAGACUUACCCAACACUUUGGAUGUGAAGAAGAGAGCAAUAGUGAUGAACCUCUGUCUCCUACACAGGAAGAAGACUCUAAUCUCUCUGAUAUUGGUAGCCCAGUGUCCAGUAUUACUGGCACCAUAGAUUUUGGCAUUUUACGUACAAGAACCCCUGGUCAAAACCAGACAUCAUCUUCCACAAAAGCAACUGUAACUAUACCACCUGGUCAACCUUAUGCAGUUCCUUCUGGGUCCUCUGCUUUAGCAAACCGGCACACAGCUACUACUUCUCGAAAUGGUAAUUCCAAUAGCGGUCAACACAAGUCACGGCCCAAAAAGCCCAAACCAAAAACACAACCUAAAGCUAAAGUUAUCAAAUUCCAUGAAUACAAGGGUCCACCAAAUAUUGUGAAAAACAUUCAAAAUGCAGCACAAAAUUUGGCUAAUAAUUCUGAAACUCCUUACCAUAUUCUUCUUCAACAACAGCAACUAUUUCUUCAAUGGCAGCUGCAGUUUCAACAGAAAAAGAUUGCGUCCAGCUCUAAAGGGAGUGAAAAUCAGGGAACAUCUUCUGCCCCUCAUAGUUCCUCUGGCAACAUGGUUAUGACUGGUUCCACCACAUCACCAGCUAAUGCAGCCAGCGUCACUGCUUCCACAAGUCAACCAAGUCCAUCACCUCCACUGUUGCAGCAAAGACCGACGCCAUCACACACUCCACAGCCACAAUCAACAAAUCCUCACCACCAUCAUCAUCACCACCAUCACCAUCAUCACCAUCAACAACAGCAGCAACAGCAGCAACAACAACAAAAACAGCAGCAACAAAAGCAUCAGCAGAUAAGCUUAUUAUCCCAAAACCAAGCCCAUCCAUCCUCACUCCCACAAGUGUCUCCAGCUUCUUCCCCGUCACAAAAGACUGUAACUUCCAUCACUGCACCAACUACAGCCAAAUCACUCUCCAAUCUAGAAGACAUGAAAGUUGCUGAUUUAAGGGCAGAGCUAAAAAAGCGAAACUUGACUGUGUCUGGUUCGAAGCCACAAUUGAUAGAACGCCUUCGUAAUUAUUUGGAGAUUAAGUCCAACAACACAAACCCAACAGUAACCAACACUUUACUGGACAGUAAUAGUAACCUUUCUCUACAAGGAAUUCAAGCCCUGAUAUACUCUCCAGAAGAGUCCAUGGUUACAAAUAUUACCCCUCCAAGUUCGCCUAAUUGUAAAGACAACUCAAACAAGUUGUCUACAAUCUCUUUAGAUAAGAUGGAGGUAUUGUCUAGCAACUUCCUUCUCCAGAAGAAUCAUCUUAACAGCAAUACCAUGAAUAGCAACAGUAACAACAACAACAACAGCAACAAUAACAAUAGCAGCAGUAGUAGUAGUAAUGGUAACAGUUCUGUGCCAAUGACAGUGGAUUCUGUAUCAAGACCACCUUCUGUAGCACCAAAUGAAAAUGCACCAAUGGAUGUUGACCAAGGGACUUCUCUUUCAGCAGAACUAUCUCCUAAUGUCAAUGGUGGGUCCAAAGCAGUUGGGGUGGUCUCUCCACAACAGCAGCAGCUACCAGUUCAAACUCAAGCUCAACAGAGAAGUAUUCUGGGCCAGGAAGAACUGGUCAAGCAACAACAGAAAACAAUUGAAGCUCUUCAGCGCCAGUUGCAUGAAUCACAAAUGCAAUUGCAGUUACAACUUCAACAACAACAAUUAAAACUGCAGCAGCAGCAACAACAACAACACAUCAAUGUAUUAAAACAACAACCACCAUCGCCUCAACAAGUGAUGGCAGUGCACUCACCACCUCAGGUGGUCAGCGUACAAUCUCCACCACAGGUUAUGAGUGUUCACUCACCACCUCAGGUAAUGGCUCUACAUUCUCCUUCUAGCAUGAUGGCUGUCCAGUCACCACAAAUGAUGAAUGUCCACAGUCCUUCCCAAAUUAUAAAUGUCCAGUCUCCAACACAGAUUCUCAAUGUUCAGUCACCGAGUCAGGUGAUCAACCCACAGUCCCCUCCUCAACAUGUCAUCACUGCUCAGUCCCCUCCUCAAAUUCUAAAUGUCAUGAACAUCACUGCUGCUGACUCCAAAGUGCCUAUGGCUCCUGCCCUCCCUCACACAUCGCCAUUGCAGGUACAACAAUCUCUCAAAUCUCUUGGACUAACCUCAAUUCCGAUCUCAGCUCACUUACUUCAGACAUCAUCUCCCAGCGUACAACCAACCCAAAGUCUACCUGCAGUGAUUGUGACUACUUCAACUGCCACUACCGAUAUCAAACCCAACUUUGAUGAAUUAUUUGGCAGCCCUCAACCACAGUUGAGUCCUGCCAGUCCCGUUGAGCUGGCUAAUCUGGCUUUGAACUAUUCCACUUCACCAGCAUCUGUAUCGCCAUUCCUGAUUAGUGUAUCUAAAGACAGCUCAAGGGAAGGAAGUCCAUCUCCAAAAGGUUUCAUAGGUAGUCCCAGGUAUAGUAAUGUUGUUGUUAUUAUUCUUAUUCUUCUUCCUAUUAUUAUUAUAUUAUGGUGGCAAGCUGCCAGAAUUGUUAGUGUUAAAACAAAUGCUUUGCAGUAUACUCCAGUGUUUGUAACUUUGCAAGAUGGCGCAGUGGCAGCUAAUGGUCUGGCCCAAAACUCUGCCCCAGCUUUGGUUGCGAAUGAAGCUGGCGCCAACAACCUCAACAUCAAUGUAUCAACUAAGAGUCAAGCUAUGGAUGAUGUUUUAGAAAUAUUGAUUAGAAAUGGAGAACUUCCUCCAAGUGCAGCACAAGAACCCCCUCCAACACCAAAAACAACAAGCCAGACGCCAACAACAUCAACGAUUACUGUAACCCAAGUUGUUGCCACCAGCAACAGCACAAGUUCAGCAUUUUCUGUGGCUACGAUGUUAAUGCCAUCUCCAUCAUUGCCACUCAACAACAAUGUAUCUACAACGGCUGUUAAUCAGCGACCUGUGGUGUCAGUGUUGGCACCAGUCUUGAUAAAACAAGAACCUGAUAUUUCAUCAUCGCCACCAACUUUGACUUGUGAUGGAACCAGCCACGAAUUUGUUGAUAUUAAUGACGUUCUUAGCCAAGAUUUUAACAAUAUGGACUGGACAUCAGACACCAGCUUUCCCAGCUUGGAUCUUCCAGAUAUCUUUAAUGAUCAGAAAAUGACCAACUCUAUUGUGCCAAUAAUUAAUAAAGUAGAUGCUGCCAACCCCGGUUCUUCAUCAGAUUUAGAUGUACUGAAUUUACCACAAGACUCAGAAACCUCUUGCAACAUGCAAAUAGAUGUAUCGGACUGGUUGGAUGCUUCCUUCACUUCAGCAUCACUCAACACACCCAUCUCUUUCACAUCAUCAGACCCAAUUCUAACACCCAAAACACAACAAGAUGUUUUAUUUAAUUUUGUUGAAGCUGAUUUCUCAAGUGUUUCUGAUACUCAGUGUGGUAUGGAUUAGGCUAAGCGAACAAAUCUGUUAAUAAUUUGAAAUCAGUCGCCAAUGGUUUGAUUGGUGAGUUUUAGUUAUUAAUUAAACACACAUUUAACUAUCUUGACUCUACUUCCAAGAUUGAACCAGUUGGCAGCAGGAUAAAGAUAGCCUGCAAUAGUUAUCAGAAGAGCUGUGUGUUUGAUCUGCCAGCACAGCCAUGGAGAUCACUGUAUAACUGCAUUAACUAAUACAGCACAUCGGGAUGUCGUUCACUGAACUUCAUAUACACUCACAUAAUUUUAGUACAUCCUGCCUAGAAAGUGGGGGAGGGAGAGGUUUAGAGUUCAUCACAAGAACAUCUUCUCUUACCCAUUGGCUAAAUUCUGGUACAUAAAAAUCUGGUUUUUGUUUUUUGAGAGGAGUACAAUCCUUUGUGGAAUUAACUCUAGCUUUGGAGAAAUUCAUACUAGAAAGUUUUUGAUUGCUCCAAAGGAGAAGUUUCUUCAGUAGAAGAGAAACCAUUCUUUUUCUUUUAUUAUCAUUAUUUUUUUUAAUACUUCUUUCUGAAUUCCUCCCAAAUUCCUCUUGCUUGUAAUCUAGAUGCAAAAAAAAAAAAAAAUCACUGUUUUACAAAUUUCUGUUUAGCUUUCUCUGACUUAUUGACUUUUUAAAUUUAAAAACAGAAAACAACACUCCCGCCUCCAAAAAAGACUGAACUUGAGAUUUUGAUGGUCCACUGCCCUUCUUCACUCAAUGUGCCCUUCCUCUUCUUUCCUCAUUGCACAAAUUAAUCACUUGAUAACUGUUCAAUUUUGGCUCAUGCCCUUGCUCUUCCUUCCUUCUUUCUCUCCCAAUCUUCAUAGUUGACUGCUGGGAAGUAUCUGUUAUGGGGGAGACUUUACUAUGCUCCCCGCCUUCUUUUCUCUGUUUUACUCUAUACUAAAUUACCAGCUUUAUUCAGUGGGAACGACUUGUAUUUUUUUGUAUGUGUAAGGUUUAUUAAUGAUCAAUGCUAAAUAGUAAAAAAAAAAAAAAUAAAAAAAAAAUUGCAUUUUUGGUGAAGGUUAGGGAAUGGGGGGAUAUUGUGUACUGACAUGCAUGUACACACCUACAUGACUACACGCAUUCACGCAACCAGACAUCAAUCAAUGCAUACACAUUCAGACCCAGCUCUUCAAAGUUCUCUUUCUGUUGACACCUGCAUACACACAGACACACACGCACACACACACACACACACACACACACACUGGGUGCAUCUACACAGUAGAUGAUAUCAAAGAAAGCUGCUAUGUCCCAAACUGAUAAUUUCCCAAAGAAACUUUGGAAACUGUUUCUGUGAAAUGGUCAACAAAGCACAAAUGUAUUUGUGAUACCAGGACCAACAAGUGUGUAUAAUAAACAGAAAAUAUAUAAUAAUAAUAAUGAUAAUAAUAAGGUGGAACUAACAAAAAGAUAAAAACUGAAAAACACUGUCACUAUUAUGAAUGUUGAUUUAAGUUAUGAGUACGAACGCAAGUGAAGUCUGAUUUAAAAACAAAAUUACCAACAAAAAAAAAACAAAAAGAGAAAAACCUUCCCUAUAACAACCACAAAAAAAAAAAAUUUAAUAUCUUUGUUCUGUGAUUGAAGCUUCCAGUUUGUUCCAUGACCUGACAUGGUAACCAUUGCCAACAGUGUCAAGUUACCAUUGUAUCCACAAAUCCAUACUGACAACUGUCUAGUUAGCAUUGCUUUUUUUUCCCAGCCACACAUUCGUACCUAGAAUAACCCACCAUGAUCUAUCUCCGAUUCUCUUUCAUGAGCUUUGAUGUUUGGCUUGAAUGGUGCAACAAACAAAAUAUCUUACAAGAUUCACAUGCAGUUGAUUUUCUUGUUCUUUUUUUUUUUUGUCUUUUUUUUAACUUUCACUUUCUUCACACUCAGGUUAUGAAAAAAUGAUUAAAAAAAACAAAAAUAUCACUUAAAAAAAACAAAAUAUGAACAAUUAUUUAAAUUAUUCUAAUUUAAAGAUUUUUGCAUAUUUAUAAAAGUCAUUCUUUUUCUUGAUUUUCUUUUAAUUUUUUUAAUUGUUUACUUUUAUUAUUAUUAUCAUUAUUAUUAUUGUUAUUAUUGUUUUGUUUUUUUUUGCUUCCUUCUACAGUCAGAAGAAUCAAAAAAAAAAUUCCAUCACACUAACAAUAUAUGGAACAUAAAAUUAGUUAACCAUUAUUUCUUAAUUUUGUUAUUUUUUUCUUCCCUGUCCCCUCCCUCAGGUGCAGUGAGGGGUGGUACUGGUAGCAGUCAAUUUGACAUUUAUUAGACAAGAAGCAGAGAUUAAGUUUAUCUUUUGUGUUGAUCAUUUCCCCAGGUAUUCUAACUCAUUGGAUCUGAAGUGCGGUAAUUUCAUGCCUACAGUCAUGAAAAUUGUAAAAUCAGAGAACAGGUACUGUUACUUCCCAUAGGCUAUCAAGAGUUUAAAUACCAAAGCUAAAGAAAUUUAUGGUAAGAAGUUUGCUUCCCAACCACAUGGUUGCAAGUUCAGUUCCAUUGUGCAGUACCUUGGACAUGUGUCUUCCACUAUAGCUCCAGGCUGACAAAAGCUUGUGAGUAAAUUUGGUUGACAGAAAUUAAAAGUCUAUCAUAUGUCAAUGUGUGUAAAAAAAGUGCUUGUCUUUCCACAAGUGUGGAAAAGUAUUUGUUUCCUGGCCAAGGGAAUGUUAUAACCACCUGAAGAUUAUCUAAUAUUUUAACUGACCAAUGUCAGAGUAUCUGCAAAGGUCAUGGGCAAUGCUUCUUUCUCCAGAUUCAACAAAAUAAAAAAAAACAAAUAAUAAUAAUGCGUCUGCUGCUGAUGAUAAUAAAAGGAAGUCAAAAAAUGAAUAAUGCAAUUAGAUGUGAUUAGUCCAGCAAUGAUUCUUUGCUAUCAGAAAAUAAAAUAGAAAGAAAUAGAAUCUGUUGAUUUACCAUUCAUGGAAUAUUUUUGAAAUAUAAAAUGAAAUAUCAGAUAUGUGAUAUGAUAUUGAUGAGUAAAGCUAUAAUGAUAAUAAUAAUAAUUUGGGGUUGGGAGCUAGUUGUUUACAUCAACCACAGUAUUUCACUGUUACUGUUAUCGACUCUGGAAGCAUGAAAGGUAAAGUUGACAUUGGUAUGAACUCAGAACACAAAGCCAAACCACAAUUUAGCCGACAGGAGUACAAAAAAAUCAAUACAUAUUCAGAGCUCUGACUGGAACUCUCAAAAAUGUAGAAUCCACAAUCUAAAGCUGUACCUUAUUGGAACUCUUGGUUUCAUUCCUCACAAGUUUGUCACACAUAUCAGUGAGCUGGAUGCAACACCUAACAUUGGAAUGUUCCAAAUUAUUGGUACCAUUGGGAACAGCUGACAUCCUGUGAUAUGUACUCUCUGUCUAUGGUCAUGUAAUGUGAUAGAGAGUUCAGAGUAAGUACCCAACUUUAAGUCAUGCUAAAGUAAGAAAGAUAUAACAACAACAACAACAACAAUAAUAAUUUAAAAUGAGAAUUAAGAUUCUGCCAAAAAUUCUUUUCAUGAAUUACAAAGAUCAGAGGGUUUAAUGUUGAACUCUAAAGUUUUGAAUAUUUGGAACAUCUCAGCUACUAGACAAGAUUCUGGACUGUCACGGAUAACUUUAUCUAGAAAAGCCUUUAAUCUGUUGCGCAAAAUUGUAUGGAUUAGAUAAGGACCUAGGUAACUUGGGACCUCAGAACCUUAUCAAAUACUUGCAAUGAAUAAUGCUCUAUAGUUACUCCCCACGCCUCAACUGACAGUGUGCUAUCAUUAUUGUUGAUAAAGCUAUCAAACAGCUAAUUAGAUGAAAAUUUUGUGAAACUAGUUUAGUUCAUGGCAUUUAAUUUUGUGUAACAGGUUCAGGGUCAAAAUUAUUUUUUUAGCUCUUGUGGGAGUCAAUAAAAUUAACAUACUGAAUCAACAUUCAUAUUGACAAUUUCACAAAAGAACAAAAUGAAGGGAAAAUAAUAUAAAAUUCAAACAAAAGAAAAGAGAGAAAAUAUUUUAAUAUUGUUUGUGUUGAGUUGGUAUGUAAUGAAGGUCUUGAUUAUUUUUUAGAGUUUGGUGGGGAUGUUGACUCUAUACCAAUGUCAUUGGUUUUAUUCAAAUUUAUGGAUGAUGAUGAUUGUAAUUAAUAUUGAUAGGUAUAAGAUAUAGUUAUUAGCUUGGAGAAAUAUGGGUACUCAGGAAUUUUUUUUUUCAACAGGAAACCUUACAUAUGCUCAAAGUCUUAGGUUUAAUAGAAAUGUAAAGUAAGGAAUUUGUUUAUCAAACCUUUCAUGAUGACAACAAUAAUACUUUCUUUAUAAGCUAGGAAGGAUCAAAGAGGAUAGUAUAAAGGACACAGUGGUGUAUGUGAAUGUGAUGUGUAAAACAAGUGAUAAAAACAAAUAACUAUUAAAUCCUGCAAUAAAGGGCGGGGAUAGCUCCUUAGGUAAGGCUUAUCAAGGAAACCCCACAAGACCUCAAUGACCAUGAAUACCAACAGCAAAUUCCCUCUCUCACAUUUCAUUCCCCAGCCUACAGGUGCAUGUUCAGAGUAAGCCCAUUUACCACUCACCCACCAUUUAAAGAAUUUACUUAGGGCAACACCUCCCUCUCUACCUUUAGCUCUUUCAAGAAGUACUUGAAAAAGUUAAUGAGAAUAUGACUGAGAGAAAGUGUCUGUUUUCAUUCCUUUCAGUUUUUUUGUAACACACAACUUUCACCCAUUGCCACUGAACAAAAGAAAACUACCUGCCCUUCUUGCUCAAAGGUGAUCUUUACUGUGGACGUAGCUGAUACAUGGAUCCAUCCUAGUUGUGACAGCAGCUGUUUGUCUAAAAUCCACAUGAUAGUAAUGCUCACACACUGAGUGAAGGUGUGCCAAACAGUCUCUUUGCCCUGUGCACAUCUUAGAUCUGACUGCACUUCUGUGUUUGUAGAAUACGUAUUGAACUGGCCAGGGGUUUCUGGACGUUCUCCACAGUUCCUGGACUGAGAGUUUCCUCACAAAAACAUUGAUGCUCUUUCUCAGCACUAGUCCUCUGUAAGUUCCACUGAUCAUAUUGCCUGACUGAUAGAGUUAUGAGAGGCUGACAACAUUGUGACAGUUGAUAUUUUAUUUUGUUUCCUUAUCAAUUGUUGGGUCUGAAGUUCAAAUCCUGGGGGCAAUUUUACCAUUUCAUCAUUUAUGAGGUAGCUUGGGCCUUGGAAAGAAACUUUUGUCAUCUUUGGGAUUAAGAUAUUUAAAAACAGGGACAUUAAAUGUGUCAUUUAAAGUUUUAAUUGUAGAAGUGAAAAUGGGAAUAAAAAAAAACUUGGGGGAAAAAAACUACCCCACUUCAGACCAAUAUGUAGUCUUAUAGAUUUGUUAGAAAGGAGCUGUCACAUUCAUGCCCUUCCCAAACUGAUAUUGAUAUAUGUCAGCUGUGAACUUAGAUCAAAGGCAUUCCAAAUAUGACCAUACUUUUUUUUUUCACCUGUUUUCAGAUAUAAUUUAUCUAGAAUUGCAUUAUGCAAUGUGUCCUUCAAACAGUGAAGUGUUGAGAGAAUUUGGGUGCUAUUUCCAGCAGGUGGGGGCAACUCUUAUUUGCUCCAGGGGCCAGUUGGUACAGUCAACAACAUGGAUUUUAUAUAUCCAAUAUUUGAUAAUAUCUUAAACAGAUUUAAAAUCCCCCUCAUCUCCCUCCAGUACCAUACACUUUGAUCAAAUCAUGUUACAAAUUGGCUAAUAGAUUUAAGACUAAAGCCUACAACUGCAAAAAUUUCUUGGGCUUUUAGGGUGUUAGGUUUUUAAGUUUGAAUCCCACUGAGAAUAUGUACAUAUUGGAGCAGCCCAUGCUGCAGCUAUUGUAUUUUCUCUGAGCAAGGUGCUUGACUCAGCUUUCCUAAGAUUAUUUUUUAAGAAAUCAACAUUAUAUUUUCUCUUUCCACUCACUGAAACAUGUUCAUAUGUGAAACUUAUAAAUGUAUAAUACAAUGUAUGUGUGUGUAUGUAUAUGUUUAUAUAUAUAUAUAUUUAUAAAUACACACACAUAUGCACACUCCAAUAUGUAUAUACUGUUUGUAUGUAUAGUGUAUGUCUGUGUGUGUAUGUUUAUUUAGAAAUGUGUGUGGUUUAUGUAAUGCCUCUGUAUAUCUAUUUCUUUGUGUUUAUAUAUUCCAUCACAUCACCUGGUUUCUGUAACUGAUGGUUAAACAGCGAUAUGACCUACAAUUUGAAGAAGCAUUGCAACUGGAUUUACACACUUGUGUGUAUGCAUGUGUGUGUGUGUGCGCACACACACGUACACACAUACACGUACACACACACACACACACACAUUCAUUCUUCUGUUGAUGAGGAGCAGUAACUUCUAAGAAAAACUAAUUAAAAGUGUAUCUUUAUAUACUCAUGCCAUAUAUACAUACAUACAUGUGUGUGUGUAUAUACUGAAUAAAUAUAGGUAUAUGUACACUUGCAUAUACCUAAAAUUUUACAGGGAACUUUGAAUAUCUUUAUAGAUUAUUUACAGAAAUUUACUGAUUUAUGUUUAAAAAUGUAACUUUUGACAAAAGUACGCUAAUUGUAUAAAUGAUAGUUGAAGGGUUAAUAUGUGAAAGAAAAGUUAUUAGGAAGAUUGUAAUGAGUUUUUUUUAAAUAGUAAGACUUUUGAGCCUCUCUAUAUAUGUUCUUCUUCACACACACACACACACACACACACAUAUAUAUAUAUAUAUAUGUGGGUGUUUGCAUGUAUGCAUAUAAAUGUAUAAUGUCUGUAGCCUCAUACACAUACAUAUAUCUCUGACAUUUUGAUAAUCUGUUUUGAAAUAGUCAUUCCUUAAAUCCCUUUUAACCCCGGGAAUAUCAAAAUUGGAAGUUAUUUGAGCAGAAGGGACUUUCUUUUUCCUUCCUCCUACUUUCACCCCCUGUUACAUAUUACUUGCACUAUAUUCUUAAAUUUUUGCAAUUUCUAAAGUAUUACCUUCCCCUCCCUAACCACCCUGGAAUUGAAGGAGUGAAAAUUAUAGGUUGGCAUUUGUACUUUGGCUUCUCAUUAGUUGACCAGUAUCUACCUUCUUCCUCACUUCUCAUUCGUUAGUGCACUUUCAAACAUUUAUUUAAUCAGCCUCAUCUUCAGUUGCAUAUUCAGUUUUAUAAUGAUUCUGAGCUUAAAAAAACUAUUCGAGAAAUAAAUUCCUUUUUUGUCUUUUUA